AUGAUAGUUGUAACUUUAUUAGUAGUUAUUCGAGAAACAAAUGCUUGUGCUGGUCUUUUUGGAGGCGGUGGCGGUGGAUGUUGUGCUCCACCACCGACUUGCGGAUGUGGUAGGAAAAAAAGAGAAAUUGUAAGUAUAUUCAUUCAUCUUAACCUUAACUUUCGAAAUUAGGGCUUUAUGCUUUUUUGAUUCGUAAGGACAUAAAAUUGAAUGUGAGUGUCUUAAAAAAUAGAUUUUUUGUUAAAAAUUUUUUUUUUAAUUUACAAGGAAGGUGCUCGACUUGCAACGCUCAGAUUUCGCUCAACUUUUUUUUAUUGAAAGAUCAUUUAAAUGUAAGAUCUUAUGCAAAAUUCUAAGUUACGUUUUGCGACCAGACUUGAGAAAACGGAGGUGAAAAAUUGCGUUUCGCCAAGUUGGCCUAGUAUUUCUAGCUUUUAACUUUCUCAUUUAUUGACUUUUAAUUAUUUUUCUUUAAUAUAGUGAUAGAAAAGAUUCAUAUGACCGGCUAUUUUAAAUUUGGAAGCUAAUCUUAUCUGGAACAGCAAAAAAAGUGCUUGCAACGUAAUGCCAAGUUUUCCAAAUUGGCGGAAAAUUUGAAUAUAUUAAUUCUAAAACUUCAAACCGCAAGUUAAGAUUUUUUAUACGUGCUAUUGGUACUACAAGCAAUCCGUAUAAAAAUUUUGAGCUAAUUCUGAAAGUUGCAGGUUGGAUACUUUCCUUGUUAGUUUAUCGUACUUUUCUUUACGAAACGACUUUUAGGAUGGUCCAAAAACAGAAUUGAUAGUGCCAUCUAUUCACACAGAAGAAAAGAAUCCUUGUCCACAAAUUGAGUGGCAACCAUACAUGGACCAAAACAUGAAUGCUGAUCCCACUUCCAAUGCAUACGCCAUCCAGGGUUCAUUGUACAAACGAUUUGGUGCAAAAUUUAGUGUAGUUUGUUGGCCAAAAGGUGAUCAUGCAGUAGUUGCCAACGGUGACGGUUAUUGUACUAGCAGUAACGAAAAAAAUUGGUGUCAAGCUACAGCGCUAUUGGCUUAA